AUGGCCUCGAAUCCCUCGGUGCCGGGGUCCUUGCUGGCAUCUGUGGCCUUCCGCCCGGUGCGCAGCGUGCUGCAGGCCCGCUACCGGGAUGUGCUAGGACUGGCCGAGUUCGUGCAGCGCCUCGGAGACGAGGCGCGGACUGAGCGGGGCCCCGGUGCCGACGUGCAGCUCUUGCGUGGAGGAGAGCCUGAAGUCUUCCAGGUCUUUGUGUCCCAGUGUGUGGUGUGUGUGCCCUGGGAUGCCCGGCCUCUCCCCAGGCCUCUCACCUUCCAGCAGCUGUCUUCUCAGAAGGAAGUGGUUGCUAGAAUUGUCCAGAGGAUCUGUGAAAAGAAGAAAAAGAACAUUCUGGCUUUUGGUUACACCCUAUUAGAAGAAAAGAGAAUGUCAUUGCCAGUUAUGUUCACAACAAAUGUCUACAACUAUCACCCUAACACAAUAACAGAAACCAUCAGUGUCAGCGCCUUAUGGGAGAUGCUUCUGAGUAGGAUAGGAGAUGAUGUGAUGAUGUAUAUGUUAGAACAUUGUUCCCUAUUCAUGAUGGUACCCCCAAGCUGCUGUUACCAAAUCUCUGGGAUACCUAUCUAUGAACUCUAUUUAAAGGAUUCUGCUUCUCCAUCUGGGUUCAUGCAGAGAAAAUACUCAAAGCAGAGAGCAAAUACUUCACUUGACAAUGUCAGAAAGAUUUCCCUCCUCCCCAAAUCCUUGGCCAGGUCAAAUUUGAGGAAAGAGAUGCUUGGAUCCAAAGAUAAGGCUAUGAAAGUUGUGCAACAAAACCAGAAACCAGGAGAUAAAUCUCUUCAAGGCAUACCUGAAGAGUCCUGUGGGACUGAGCAGGGGUCUAACUCUGACCAAGUAGGAGAACAAGUUAGAACCCACUCAGUACAUUCCACAAUGACUCUGUUAUCAAAAAGGCAAAGGGAGGAUGAAGAAGAAAGUGAGAUUUCAGCAAAGCGACCAAAGACAGAGGAGCUUCUUCAGGAAAAAAGAAAAGAGCUGAUUUUGGGACCGGAACUCCAUGAAAAUAAUGAGUCUAAUUUAGACAAUGCUGAGAGCAUAACCCAAAGAUCGAUGGAAAUCUGCUCUUCAAGUCCUUUCUUCAAUGAGAAAUCUAUUCAUAACGAAGAUGUUGGUGGGGAGGGAUAUUCCAUUAAGACCAAGGGCAGCCUGCCCCUUUUAGAACAUAAGGAUGGGGAUUUAUCGUGUCACAAUUCUAAAGUUAUCAGAUCUACUCUCAAAGGUAAAGCAAAAGCCAGAUCUUCAGAAGAAUGUUUGAAUAGAGGGACCAAACGAACUGAAGCUACUUUGUCACAUCCACUAUGUCCUGGAAAUGAACCCCCAAAGGGAUUGAGGAGUACCUCGAAUUCCAUUAUAUACAUUAACAGAAAACGUUUCUUAUAUUCUGCUUGGAACUUCAGAGAAUGUUUACCUACAUCAUUUCUGCUGAACCGUUUACAUGAUUCACUAUCUGGGGGUCAAAAACUGGUUGAAACCAUCUUCUUAACCAGUCAUCUCUUUGGGCAGAAUGGUGACCCACAGCAGCAAAGGACCCCCUGGAAAAAGAGACGUCUCCCAAAACGUUAUUGGCAGAUGCGACCCCUGUUUAAAGAACUGAUUCAGAACCACCGAAAGUGUCCUUAUUUCAUACUUCUAAAGAAGAACUGUCCUCUAAGGUUUUCAGCAGCCAAGGCAAAUCCUUCCAGCCAACUGACAAAACCACACAUCUUACAGCUUCUCAGGUGGCAUAGCAGCCCUUGGCAGGUAUAUGUGUUUCUGAGGGAGUGUCUUCAUCGUCUGGUGCCUGCUGAACUCUGGGGAUCAACUCACAAUAAAUGUCGUUUCUUUAAGAAUGUGAGGAAAUUCCUCAUUCUUGGAAAACAUGACAAGUUUUCUCUUCGGGAGCUGAUGUGGAAAAUGCGAGUGAAGGACUGUGCUUGGCUUGCUCUGGCCAAAGGGAAUCACUUUAUUCCAGCCUCAGAACACCAUUUGCGGGAAGAGAUCUUGGCCAAAUUUGUAUACUGGUUGAUGAACACAUAUGUAAUUGAGUUGCUCAGGUCCUUUUUUUAUAUCACUGAGACCAUGUUCCAGAAAAAUAGGCUCUUCUUCUACCGGAAGUGUGUCUGGAGCAAGCUGCAAAAUAUUGGAAUCAGAAAACACUUUGAGAAAGUGCAUCUUAGAUUAUUGUCAGAAGAGGAGAUUAAACAGAAUCUAGAAGCAAGAUUUAUCUGUCUGGCAUCCAGACUCCGUUUUGUCCCCAAACCCACUGGGCUUCGGCCAAUUGUGAAUGUGGAUAGCAUCAUUGGAUCCAGGGUGUCCAAUAAGGGAACCAAAGAUAAGAAGAUAAGAUGUUUCAAUGGCCAGCUUAAAAACCUGUUCAGUGUUCUGAAUUAUGAGCGGACCCUACACCCUGAGGUCUUGGGGUCUUCCUUGUUUGGGAUUGAUGGCAUUUAUAAAGAAUGGCGGCAGUUUGUGCUCAGAGUGAAGCAAUCGAAGGACAAAAUUUCCAACUUUUAUUUUGUAAAGGCUGAUGUGACAGGGGCUUAUGACACCAUCCCCCAUGACAAGCUCAUUGAAGUGAUCUCCAGCAUCAUUAAGCCGGAGGAGAAGAAAAUCUACUGCAUCCGACGUUAUGCUGUUGUCCAGAAGAAUGCUCAUGGAAACAUCCAGAAAUCCUUUAAAAGACACGUUUCCACUUACAAGGACGCCUUGCCCUACAUGAGCCAGUUUGUGUCCCAUUUGCAAGAGACCACCUCCCUGCAGAAUGCUAUCAUCGUGGAACAGAGCUCUUCCUUAAAUGAGACCAGUAUCAACCUCUUCACCUUCUUUUUGCAUUUGAUUCGGAACAACAUCUUGAAGAUCAAGAACAAGUACUACGUCCAGUGCCAGGGGAUUCCGCAAGGCUCUAUUUUGUCCACUCUGCUUUGCAGUUUGUGCUACGGCAACAUGGAGAACAAAUUAUUAUCUGGAAUUCAGCAGGAUGGAUUGUUGAUCCGACUGAUUGAUGACUUUUUGCUUGUGACACCCCAUUUAACACAAGCCAAAGUCUUUCUAAGGACUCUGGCAAAAGGUAUUCCUGAGUAUGGCUGUUUAAUAAACCCUAAGAAGACAGUGGUGAAUUUUCCUGUGGAAGAGGAUAUUCUAAGUGAUUCUGACUUUACCCAGUUACCAGCCCACUGCCUUUUCCCGUGGUGUGGUUUAUUACUCGAUACAAGGACCCUAAACGUGUUUUGUGACUAUUCCAACUACUCCCGAACUUCCAUUAGAACCAGCCUUUCCUUUGAUCACAGCCUCAAAGCGGGGAGGAACAUGCGGAACAAGCUGAUCGCAGUGCUUAGGAUGAAGUGUCAUGGUUUAUUUCUGGAUUUACAGGUGAAUAGUCUUCAAACUAUCUACAUAAAUGUUUACAAGAUAUUUUUGCUACAGGCCUACAGAUUUCAUGCAUGUGCCCUCAAGCUGCCAUUUAAUCAGCAAGUCAGAAAAAACCCAGGUUUUUUCCUCUCUGUCAUUUCGGAUAUUGCCUCCUGCUGCUAUUCCAUUCUGAAAGCCAAGAAUCCAGGAGUUAUUCUUGGUGCCAGAGGAGGUGCGGGCCCAUUUCCUUUCGAAGCAGCACGCUGGCUAUGCUAUCAUGCUUUCCUGAUUAAGCUGGUGAACCACAGAAUAGUCUACAAGUGUCUUCUGGGAACUCUCAAAAUGAGCAAAUUGCAGUUAUUCCGCAAGAUUCCAAAGGCUACGAUGCAAAUGCUGAGAGUGGCAUCGGAUCCAUCACUCUCUCAAGACUUCAAAAUGAUCUUAGAUUAGCUAAUUGAGUCAUUUCUCUGGUGUUGAAUUGAGAUGAAUAACAGGUGCUAUUUUAGAGUGCCUCUUUUCCCUGCCUCAGGGAAAACUAACACUUUUUUUUUCAUUAACACUUUAUGUCAGAAAGAGAAAAGGCCCAUAUUUUCUUGCUUUUGCUUUUUGUUGGCUCUACGGAGUCUGGAUCAUGGGCUUAUUUUCCAGUUAAUAUAUCUUAGAAACUGUGGUGCUUUUGCCAUCUUCAACAUCUUUUCUACUGAUGAUGCCUCAUUCUGUUUGGGAAUAUUCCCAGCUGUUGUGUUGAAUUGAAAACAUUACAUAUAAAAUGUUACAGCUUAAAGAGACCUUAGAGGUCCUCCAUACACUCCCACCUCUUUAUCUUACAGGUGAGGAGAUUGAAUAUUCAUUUUUUCAGUAUUUCAGAUGGAUAACUGUGUCCAUUGAAAUGGAUUAUUAGAUUGUAAGCUCCUUGAGAGUAGGAAUUGUUUUGUUCUUUGUGUUUAUAUUUCUGUACCUGGCAAAAUAGUUUUCUCACAGAAGGUAUUUAAUAAAUACUUGCUGGUUAAUUAA